AUGAUAUUCCCGCCAAAGCUCGCCGCCCCACGCGCCUCGCCGUCUCCAUUCCCGCCCUUUUCCUCUGCGAUUGCGCCUUCCUCCUCCGUAUAUCUCUACUUCCCGCCUUCACACACUGAAACUCUCUCUUUCUCUCUCUCCCCCCCACUAACCUUGCAAUUCCAUUUCCACUUUCAUCACUCUCCACACACACUCGCAACAAAGGUACAGAACAAUAAUCCGAUGGCCCCAUUGAAGAAGACGAGCAACGGCCGGUCGCCGAUGGUCAAUCCGCAGCGUCAGAUCACCGCAUUCUUCGGCAAGAAGCCGGAAUCGUCGCCCUCUCCUUCACCUUCGCCAUCGCCCAUUCUCUCUAAAAGGAACCCUAACCCUAGCCCAAGCCCAAGCCCAAGCCCGAGCCCGUCGACUCCCUCACCUCUGCCGCCUAAAAGCGGAAAGCCCGUACUCGUUAUCAGCCCGAAUUUGACCUCUGCCUCACCGGAAAAUUUUAGCUCCAAAAAGAAAUCGACGUGCAAAAAGCCCUUUAUUGCUGUCACCCCGAAUUCGGCGUCUGCCUCACCUGAAUCUCGGAGCUCCGAUGAAAAAUUACGCGGGACUGAUGCUGUUGAUAGGAGGAUCAAGGUGUAUUGGCCGUUGGAUAAGUCGUGGUAUGAAGGCUGCGUGAAGUCGUUCGACAAGAUAUCCGGCAAGCAUCUGGUGCAGUACGAUGACGGCGAGGAGGAAAUGUUGAAUAUUUCGGAGCAGAAAUUUGAGUGGAUUGAGGAGCCGUUGAAGAAGAAGCUCCGGAGGCUUAGAAGAAUGUCGGUAGUUGAAGACGAUGAAGACAAUGAUGGUUGUCUUAAUGAUGUCAAAGAAGUAGAAGAUGAUUCCGGUGAUGAGGAUUGGAAGGGAAAUGAUGAAAAUGAAGUAUUAGACGAUGAGGAAGGUUCGGAGGAUAUGGAUUUUGAGAUGGAAAAAGAGGAAUCUGGAAAGGUUGGUCUUGGGAAGAAGACGAGCUCCCGAAAAAGGAAUGUGCGUGAAAAAGAACAAAGGUCGUCGGUGGCCAACAAGAAAAGCAAAUUUGGUGGAGGGUUGAAAAAUAGUGCUGCAGAGGUCUCAGCUGCAGAAAAGUUGACUGAGCCAAGCUGGAUCCCUUUCUCUGGAUCCCUUUCCUGUUCCUGUUUGAGAUUACUUAAGUAUUGCAUCGUAGGUGAGAAAGCAUCUCUUGUAGAUAGCUCCAAAGUGGGAGAUGAUGCAGACAGAUUUGCCAGUCGAGAAGCAGAUAAAUUGCAUUUCCUUGAUUUAAAUCGUAAAGAUGCAAGUGGAAGGCGCCCUGGGGAUGUAAAUUAUGACCCAAGAACCCUUUAUUUGCCGUCGGAUUUUGUGAAAAACUUAACUGGUGGCCAGAGGCAAUGGUGGGAGUUUAAGUCAAAGCAUAUGGAUAAGGUUCUCUUUUUCAAGAUGGGAAAGUUCUAUGAGCUUUUUGAAAUGGAUGCACAUGUUGGAACCAGAGAGCUUGGUUUGCAGUAUAUGAAGGGGGAGCAACCUCAUUGUGGAUUUCCGGAGAAGAACUUCUCCAUGAAUGUAGAGAAGCUGGCCAGAAAGGGAUAUCGUGUUCUCGUUGUGGAGCAAACAGAGACACCUGAACAACUUGAGCUUCGUCGAAAGGAAAAAGGCUCUAAAGAUAAGGUUGUGAAACGAGAGAUAUGUGCUGUGGUUACAAAAGGCACUUUAACAGAAGGAGAAAUGCUUUCAACCAACCCUGAUGCUUCAUAUCUAUUAGCAGUGACGGAGGGCUGUCUAGCUUCCGCAAAUCAUCAAGGAGUUCACAUAUUUGGUAUCUGUGUGGUUGAUGUUGCAACGAGCAAAAUUGUCCUUGGACAGUUCAGGGAUGAUGCGGAUUGCAGUUCAUUAUGCAGUUUAUUAUCUGAGUUGAGACCAGUUGAAAUUAUAAAACCUGCUAAGCUGCUUUGUCCUGAGACUGAAAAGGCACUGUUUAGGCAUACAAGAAAUCCUUUGGUUAAUGAAUUGAUUCCUUUUUCUGAAUUCUGGGAUGCUGAAAAAACUAUUCGUGAGGUUACGGCUAUCUAUCAACGAUCUGGAAGUCAUUCAUGUUCAGCGAGUGAAGUAGUUGCUCAAUCCAGUGAAUCUUUAUUGGAAAUUGAUGGUACAAACUGCCUACCUGAUGUAUUAUCCAAUCUUGUGAAUGCUGGUGAAAAUGGAAGCCAAGCACUCUCAGCUCUUGGUGGCACUAUUUUCUAUCUGAAACAGGCUUUUUUGGAUGAAACUCUUGUCAUAUUUGCGAAGUUUGAAUUGCUUCCGUGUUCUGGUUUUGGUGAAAUAACUCAAAAACCAUAUAUGGUUCUUGAUGCAUCUGCACUGGAAAAUCUUGAGAUAUUCGAGAACAGCAGAAAUGGAGAUUCUUCGGGGACACUAUAUGCUCAGUUGAAUCAUUGUGCCACAGCAUUUGGUAAAAGAUUACUCAGAACAUGGCUGGCAAGACCUUUGUAUCAUAUUGAGUCAAUUAAGGAACGCCAGGAUGCUAUUGCAGGACUGAAAAAUGGAGUAAACCAAUCACAUGUCCUUGACUUUAGAAAAGAGUUAUCAAAGCUUCCUGACAUGGAGCGUUUGCUUGCACACAUCUUUGCUGGCAGUGAAGCUAAUGGAAGGAAUGCAAACAAAGUUGUUCUGUAUGAGGAUGCAUCUAAGAAGCAGCUCCAAGAAUUCAUUUCAGCUCUACGUGGAUGUGAAAUGAUGAUGCAUGGAUGCUCUUCACUUAGAGCCAUCUUAGACAAUGUGGAAUCCAGACUGCUGAGUCAUUUAUUAAUGCCUGUCUGUAGGGAUUCUGAAGUUCAUUCAAUUUUGAAGCAUUUCAAAAAUGCCUUUGAUUGGGAGGAAGCCAAUCAGUCAGGGCGAAUAAUACCUCGAGAAGGGGCUGACGUUGAGUAUGAUGCUGCAUGCCAAAUGGUUAGAAAUAUCGAGUCCAAUCUCCAAAAACAUUUAAAGGAACAGAGGAAAGUACUUGGAGAUGCAUCUAUUUGUUUUGUCACGAUUGGGAAAGAUGCAUACCUUUUGGAAGUGCGUGAAAGUUUAUCACAGAGCAUUCCAAAGGAAUACGAGUUAAGAUCAUCUAAGAAGGGUUUCUGCCGCUACUGGACACCAGUGAUUAAAGAUUUGAUGAAAGAGCUUGGUCAAGCUGAAUCCGAGAAGGAAGCAAAGUUGAAGAGCAUUCUCCGGAGACUAAUUGAACGAUUCUGCGAGAAUCACAUUAAAUGGAGACAAAUAGUCUCUACGAUAGCAGAACUGGAUUGUUUAAUCAGCUUGUCCAUUGCAACUGAAUAUUAUGAAGGCCAAACUUGCCGUCCAAUUAUAACCACAAUACACCAUAAUGACUUGCCAUGCCUUAGUGCUAAGAGUUUAGGACAUCCUGUUCUAAGAAGUGAUGCUUUGGGAGAGAAUACUUUUGUUACCAAUGAUGUCAUGCUGGGUGGUCCUGGUCAGGCUAGCUUUAUACUCCUUACUGGUCCAAACAUGGGUGGGAAGUCUACCCUUCUACGCCAAAUUUGCUUGGCUGUGAUUCUGGCCCAAAUAGGAGCAGAUGUGCCGGCCGCGAGUUUUGAGUUGUCUCCUGUAGAUCAGAUAUUUGUUCGAAUGGGUGCGAAAGAUCAGAUUAUGGCAGGCCAAAGCACUUUUCUGACUGAACUUUCUGAGACUGCAUCUAUGAUGAAUUCCGCAACCCGCAAUUCCCUCGUGGCAUUAGACGAGCUGGGACGAGGCACAUCAACAUCAGAUGGGCAAGCGAUUGCCGCAUCAGUUCUUGAACACUUUGUCCGUGAAGUACAAUGCCGAGGGAUGUUCUCUACACAUUACCAUAGAUUAGCUGUUGACUACCAAAAUGAUCCGAAGGUCUCCCUUUGUCAUAUGGCCUGCCAAGUCAUAAAAGGAGUUGACGGUCUGGAGGAAGUAAUUUUCCUCUACAAAUUGACAUCUGGUGCAUGCCCCAAAAGUUAUGGUGUCAAUGUUGCUCGGCUAGCUGGACUUCCCGAUACAGUACUUCAGAAGGCUGCUGCUAAAUCUCAAGAGUUUGAAGGAAAUUACGGCAAGAGGUUAAGAAAACCUAACUCCACCACUCAAAGCUGGGAAGACGAGUCAUCUUCUAUCAUUGGUAACUUGAUCAAAAUUACUGCUGCUAAUGAUUUUCACCCUGGCACCAACAGUUCGGUUGUUGAUUCUUUGGCCAAUCUGCAGUAUAGAGCAAGGCUGCUUCUAGAACAAUAUUGAAAACCAUGUACAGAAUCUUCUCUAUCUCUCUCUCUGUAUCAGGUUAUGCCUAUUAUUUGUGCUCUUCUUUUUGGUGGAUAAAGUUAAUGUGCAUUUUGACGGGACUUAAGUAAGUGUUGAAAGUGAUAGCUGUUGCAUUUUGUGGUGAUAUCUAUUUGUAUUUAAUGAUGGGAAGUUGACAUUUGGACUGCGCGAUGAAAUGAGAAUGUACAUAGCUUUUCUUUAUCUAAAUUUAUUAGUGGAAUUUUGUAUGUAAACUGAGCUGAAGAUGGCAUUUGUUCUUUUUCUUGUUCCUUCUUCGUAGUCCAAAAGUGAGUUACUAUAUUGGACUGCAAUAUUCUACUUGCAUUUAGUGUUGUUCCAUAAGAGAGCAUGUUGCAUGAAUUAGCUUUCAAUUGGCUUUUCUGGUUGUGUUUAAACUUCAACUGCGAACAAAAUAAUUCCUUUUUAUUUUUUCAUUACAUCUGUGAACGCUGACAUUUUCUAUAUUUCCAUCAGUUUAUGUAAAGUGUAAGAGAGAUUUACACACAUCAUUAGGUACAAAUCAAAGGCGUGGUAAAAUUUUUGGUCAGGCUCGUAACUCGUUAUGUUGCUCUCCAUCUUCAUCUUCGGGCUCCGAAUCAGAUCUCUGGUGGUGAUGCCUGAUGCUGUUAUGCAGUACUGCUGAAAUACGAAGUAAUAUGUACAUUGGAAGGAUAAUGCCACUAGCCUUAACUAUAAUCACCUGCAUGAAGUGAAAAGGGGUAAGCCUCGUCUCCUCCAAUAACAACGGCAAACAAAUGUCUGGCGAGAAGCAGAGCAGUUAACUGCAAGUUUCAGCCACUGAUCUACAACAAGCAGCACUUUUAUCAGCUUCAGAUGCACACUCAGACUCAUAAUCCUCUGUUUCAAGAAUUUGUCCUCUGUUUUCUUGUUCUUCUUCAUUUCUUGGCACUACCAGACUUUCCCU